UUUCCUCCCCGGGGUCACUUGGUUCGGCCCAGUUUCCGGCGUGUCCUUGAGCUGUGUCCCUGCCAUGUUCUCCCGCUGCCUGGCCCGGGCCCUGCGCUGCCCUGUGAGCGCCCUCCGGCGGGGCCAUGGCGAGGUCCGGAGCAGCCAGUUUGUUGGAGUCCUUGGAUGUCGUGUUACCUCGCUUGAGGUUGGGCGGAUGCUGCGAAUGCCCACUUCCAGCGUGAGCCAAGCUCGUUUUUACAGGACCAGUCCCGUGUGCAGACAGGAUGUAAUGACUGUUAAUACUCCUGCAUUUGCAGAGUCUGUCACAGAGGGAGAUGUCAGGUGGGAGAAAGCGGUUGGUGACACUGUGUCUGAAGAUGAGGUAGUGUGCGAGAUUGAAACUGAUAAGACCUCUGUUCAAGUUCCGGCCCCUUCGGCAGGAGUUAUAGAAGCUCUUCUAGUCCCUGAUGGUGGGAAGGUGGAGAGUGGAACACCACUCUUUGUCCUCAGGAAGUCUGGAGCUGCCCCCUCAAAGGCAAAACCAGUUGAAACUGCUGCCCCCCCUCCACCUGCUCCAUCCGUGGAUCCCUCUUCUGGACCUAUCCCUUUUACCAUCCCACCAGUGCCCCCUGUGGUAACGCAACCACUGGAUACCAAACCUGUGUCAGCUGUCAAACCAUCUCCGGCCCCACCAGCUUCUGAGGCCACUCAGCCUACAAGCUCCAGAUCAGAACACCGGGUAAAGAUGAAUCGAAUGCGCCAGAGAAUCGCACAGCGACUUAAAGAGGCACAGAAUACGUGCGCCAUGCUUACUACUUUCAACGAGGUUGAUAUGAGUAAUAUCCAGGGUAUGAGGUCUCUGCACAAAGACGCCUUUCUAAAGAAGCAUAAUCUGAAGCUGGGAUUUAUGUCCGCGUUUGUUAAAGCUGCAGCCUUCGCUUUGCAAGACCAGCCUGCUGUCAAUGCUGUCAUUGAUGACACAACCAAGGAGAUUGUGUACAGAGACUAUAUUGAUAUCAGUGUGGCCGUGUCAACCCCUAAGGGCUUAGUAGUUCCUGUUGUGAGAAACGUGGAAUCAAUGAACUUUGCUGACAUUGAGAGGACAAUCGCUGAGCUGGGAGAGAAGGCACGAAAGAACGAGCUGGCAAUUGAGGAUAUGGACGGUGGAACAUUUACCAUCAGUAAUGGUGGGGUGUUUGGCUCCUUAUUUGGGACCCCUAUUAUUAACCCACCACAGUCUGCCAUUCUGGGUAUGCAUGGAAUAUUUGAAAGGCCUGUUGCUCUAUCUGGAAAGGUGGAGAUCCGUCCAAUGAUGUAUAUCGCUUUGACCUAUGAUCAUCGACUGAUUGAUGGCAGAGAAGCGGUUCUGUUUCUACGCAAAAUCAAAGCUGUAGUAGAGGAUCCCAGAAUUUUGCUCCUGGAUUUAUAAGAUUCCUGCACGUAAUGGGAUGACUGCCUCCAUUUCCCAUGUUUUUAUUUUGGCUCUUGCCUCUUUGUCACAGGCUGAUAGCAGUGCAUUUUAAAGACUGGGCACUUAAUCUGGAAUAACCUCCUACCAGUGUUAUAAGUGCAGAGUUUGCGUGUGGGGACCAGAGGACACGUCUCCCACUAACACAGAAUCUGUCCCUGGGUCAGGAGAUGGGGGGGGGAGGGAGUUGCCUGUGGCCCUAGCUAAAACCCCCUUUUCUCUCAAAAAACAAACUUGACUGAUGCUGGCACCUUGGUAUAUACAAAGCUAAAUGCAAUAUUUAAAUAUCUCAUGAUUUUAAAUGUUAAUAAAUAUUAAAAAAAAAAGUCUUGUUUUGAAAAUCUUGGAUUGUAAAUAGUGAAAACUGCUGCAGCCUUGACUGGCACAUUAGAUUGAGCUGCACAGCGUCCUCAGACCAGCUCUAGAACAGGUACACAGUGUAAAAC